AUGACCGAAAGACGAGUGAUUAUUAUUGGAGCCGGAAUCUUCGGCCUCUCGCUGGCUGUGGCACUGCGCCAACGAGACUACGCGGUCACUGUGUUUGAUCGCCAUGCCUAUGAUCAAUCGCAGUAUGAUCCCGAUGCUGAGGAUGUGCAGGCCGCCUCGGUGGACCACAACAAGAUCUUUCGCGCCUCGUACGGCACCAAGAUCCAUUAUCAGCGUCUAGCGCUGGAGAGUCGGCACGCCUGGAUGACCGCUGACCAGCAAGAAAGAGCCGAAGAUGCCCUAUUCGUGACCAGCGGUAUGUUGCGCGUGCAGCCUGACGACCAGCUCGGUGCAUUGGAGAAAGAGACGUUGGCGAAUCUGCAGCGCGACGGUCUGCGCCAUACUCAGUUUGUCAAGGGAGAUGCGCAGGAUCGUGAGCGGGCACAGCAAACCGGAUGGGCGCACAAGUUACUGGACGUGCCUAUACCAUCCUCCAAUGCCUCCUACGAGGCAGUGCUGGACUCGUUGGCCGGUUUAGUUCGCUGCAAUGCUGCCUGUGCUGCCACGUACCGACGUGCCGUGGAGAUUGGGGUUGACUUCGUCCUGGGACCUCAUCAGGGAGCCAUCGACUCGCUGGUGACAGUUGAGAGCACGCAGGGUGGCAAACCAAAGGCGACAGGCGUGCGCACUGCCGAUGAGCGCAUCCAUAACGCCCAUCUCGUCGUCGUCGCUGCCGGAUCCUUCUCGACGCAGAUUCUGCCAGCAUUGAGCUACCAUCUCGAGUCGUCCGCUGGCAGUCUGGCCACCUUCCGCAUCGACCGCAGCCAGACCGAGCUGUGGGAGAAAUACUCGCCUGAGCACUUCCCCGUGGUAACCUGGAAGAGUCAACCUCGUGAUGCUCGUGGUCGAGACACAGGCAGCGUCUACGUGUUGCCGCGCACCCCGGAGGGAUUGGUCAAGAUAGGCUAUCGCGGUAUCAAGUUCACUCACUUCGUACCGGCCCCUGAGGACGCUUUUCGUCAGGACGGACAAUGGUCAGUGCCGUUGCCUGUGGAUGAGAGUCGUAUUUUGCCGGACGAGGCGGUGCAGGCCAUUCGUCAAUUUGUGUCCAUCUUCCUGCCCGAGUUCGCGGACGUUCCCUUCCAUUGGACCAAGCUUUGUUGGUAUACCGACUCGCUGGAUAAUUCCUUUGUUAUUGACUACUGUCCGGACUACGCCGAGCAGUCUGUGUUUGUCUGCACCGGGGGAAGUGGCCACGGUGCCAAAUUCUUGCCGGUGUUGGGCGAGAACGGAGAGCAGAGCACCUCGUAUAUGCGUCCGUUCUGGCGCUGGCGUUCUGAUCAGCCCAGGAGAAAUGGACUGCAGGAGGGACCAGGAGGACCACGCAAUCUGAGCGAAAGGAAAUAA